AUGUUCAAUUGCUUCAACUGGCCAGUACCCGUCUGGCUUUCUACUCGGAUCAUUCCUGCUGCCAGACAAACUGCCGCCGCUCGAAAAGCUCUGUACGAUCUUCUGCUGUCAUGGUACCAGUCUGGUGGUUUGAAGACAGCUUCCGAGGAGAUGAAAGCAAUUGUGACUGUCUUCGAACGAGCCAAAUCGCCCCCUGAUGUCGGGACCAAGUUUCUCAAUAUGAUGAUGAUCGCCUUUUUGGCCAAUACGCCUGAAACACUGGGCUGGCUCAUGAUGUAUCUUGUUCAGGCUCCGGAGCUUUUCAAAGUCAUCAAAGCAGAAUGUGAUGCUCUGGGCGAGUCUUUAGUCACCUUGAACUUCAAAUCCGCAACACCGCAUUUGUACUCGGCAUUCUUCGAGACUUUUCGGAUGUAUGUCUUCACAGGAACACCGGCGACAGUGACGAAGCCAUGCACGCUGCCUGGUAUGGGAGACCACGUCUUUCAGCCUGGUGACAUUUUGCACUCUUUUGCAGAGGCUUGUGCGAUGGAUGUCGAGAUAUAUGGAUCGGACGUUGAGUAUUGGAAGGGCCAUCGCUUUGUUGGUGAGGGCGAGGCUUUGUUGAAGUACGAUCUGACAUUCGGACUUGGACGAAGCCAACUGUGCAUGCUGGCGGCUCGCAUGAUCAAAACCUUCGACUUCUCUGAUCCCUUCAUCAGCGAGAAGCUCAGCUUCAAAGACCCAGACUUUGUGGUGCAUAAACCUGCUGAGGCAGGCAAGGCGAAAAUCAUUGAUCUUGAUGGAAGCAUCAAAGAGGUCCUGCAUCCUGGCAACAAGAGCGAUCAAGGUCUUCCCGGGAUGACAGCGUCGAACAUUCCUUUAAACGACUUUGCUUGCAAGCUGACGCCGCGAUGCUGA